AUGGGUAUAUCAGAAGCUUCACUGCUUGUGGAGAAUGUACUUGGAUCUCUUGACCAUAGAAGCAUAAUCACCCUAGAACCCGUUACUACUGCCAUCAGCCACAACAUGAAUGCCCCAGAGUCCGACCGAGCCUUCUCACCCAAGCAGGCCUUGAAGCCUACACCAGAGCUCUACGGUGAGAUCGUCGGUGAUGGCAUGAAACGUCUUGCUGUUGCGUCUCUGUCCUGCACUGAGACCUUCGACCACUCCGAAGUCAUCUUUCACGAUGUCGGUUGCGGCCUCGGAGCCGGUACUGGAGCCAUCAUGAGUCUGAGACAAGACGAUGUUGCCAUCAAAGGCACCGACAUCAACGAGGACGUCUUGGAAAUAUAUCAACAAAACAUAACUGCACAUAAAUGGCCCGCCGAGGCUCUCAAGAUGGACGCGUCGAGGCUCGAUUUCCCCGACGAGACGUUCACCCACUGCAUUGGCAAUGCGCUGCUGUUCGUUCUGGAAAAUGACGGCGUAGACGCGAUCAAAGAGAUGCACCGCACCUUGAAACCUGGUGGUGUUGCCAUUCUCAACUCUUGGGCUCACACGCCAACUAUUCCUGCGAUUCAUGCAGCAGCGAAAAAGACUCGACCGGAUGGUACGCCUCUACCACGAGAAGGGCUAGAUAAAUGGGAAGACAAAGACCAGUUGCGGGAUGUCAUCAUCAAAGGAGGGUUUGAACCGGGGAAAGUGAAAUUCACCAAGAAGGAUGUUCAUGUUACUGUCGGCGAUCUUAGGCGUUUUGCGACAAUGAUAUGGAGUUUUAUUGGAGGUACUUCCAAGGCGGGAUGGCUUGAGUCGGAUGGGGAGAACUGGGAUACGGCUGUUGAUGCAGUCAUGGAAGCGCUCAGUCAGACGGAAGGGUAUGAGAAGCUUGGGGAUGGGAAGAAUAAGAUCAUGUUCAAGGCUCAUAUUGCCGUUGCUACCAAGUAG